AUCUCAAGCCCUCAAAGUUGCCGUAUGGCCUUUUAUUGGCCCAUUAGGAAAAAAAAUGUAUCUUCAAAAACUACACCCUAGUCUAGUCUUCCUUCUUCCCUGCCAAAAAAAUCAGUAGCUGCUGCCGCCAUGGUUCUCAAGACUGAACUCUGCCGCUUCAGUGGGGCGAAGAUCUAUCCUGGCAAGGGUAUCAGAUUUAUUCGCUCAGAUUCCCAGGUCUUCCUCUUUGCCAAUUCUAAAUGCAAGAGGUACUUCCACAACAGGCUGAAGCCCUCAAAGCUAACCUGGACAGCUAUGUACAGGAAGCAGCAUAAAAAGGACAUUGCUGCAGAAACUAUUAAGAAGAGGCGUCGUGCCACGAAAAAACCUUACUCAAGGUCCAUUGUAGGUGCUACUUUGGAGGUCAUACAGAAGAAGCGAACUGAGAAACCUGAAGUUCGUGAUGCUGCAAGGGAGGCUGCACUCCGUGAAAUUAAGGAGAGGAUUAAGAAAACAAAGGAUGAGAAGAGAGCCAAGAAGGCUGAGGUAACAGCCAAGGUACAAAAGAGCAGCAAAGGUAGCGUGCCAAAGGGUGCUGCACCGAAGGGCCCCAAGCUUGGCGGGGGUGGAGGAAAGCGGUGAAAUCCUUCUUUCUUUGUUGUCCUGUUGACUCGUUAAAGAAUUUUGUAUUGGAGAUUUUUAUAUGGAUCAAGGUCAAUUGUUGCCAUUAUGUUCUUUAAGAGUUAACCUACUCUUUUCUCUUUCAGCGUUAAUUAGCCAUGGUUUGAUUGGAGGAA